UUCGACCCGACUCAGCUUCUUACUUUACAUCGAUCUGCUUUAUAUUUUCAUAUAUUUUUCUGGUAGCCGCAGCGCAGAGUUUUGGUGAGUUGGAUAAGGAACUCUUUCUACUUUCGUUGAUGUAGAUCUUGUAGUGGGAACCUUCCUUGAAAUGCACGGCCACCUCGAGUAUGUGUACCCCUAAUUUAUUUGCUUCUUCUCCCCUUGUUCUCUUCUUUUUCCUUUGCUUUGGAAAAGGGUAUUCUUUGUCCCCAGAAUCAAGGUUUCCCUAUACUUAAAUAUUUAAAGUUCGCAAUCAAUUAAAACAACAUUCAUUUCCGUCCCAAUCUAAUAUGCUCACCACGGCAAUCUUUGUUGGUGGAUUGUUCAUUUUGGUGUGACCAAGCUAUGGCAGAAGAAGAAAUCAACAGCUCUUUAGAGUAUACACCGACAUGGGUGGUUGCACUUGUUUGCUUUGUCAUUGUUCUGCUCUCUCUUUGUGCCGAGCGCACUCUUCAUAAACUCGGAAAGUACUUAAAGCAUGAGGAACAAGAUGCGCUGUUUGAAGCCCUACAGAAACUAAAAGAAGAGUUGAUGCUUUUAGGGUUCAUUUCCCUUCUACUAACUGUAUCUCAGCGUUCCAUAAUCCGCAUAUGCAUCCCCUCUAAUCUAGCAAAUCACAUGCUUCCGUGCAAGAGGGAAACUUCUGAGGGAAACAAUAACGCGCAUUACUCUCUUGAUCAAUCUAUAAACAACCGGCGGCGGCUUUUGUCUGCAGAUACAAAUUCAGACCAUUGUCUGCAAAAGGGGAAGGCUCCAUUGUUAUCAUUGGAAGCACUACAUCAUCUACACAUCUUCAUCUUUGUAUUGGCAGUUGUUCAUGUGAUCUUUUGCACUACUAUGGUUCUUGGAGGGGCAAGGGUACGUCAAUGGAAGCGCUGGGAGGAUUCUGUUAGGCAGGAAAGUACAAAAUCUGGGAUGGAUCCAACUAGUCGUGAAAAUGUGCAUGCUCAAUGCCAACAUCAUGAAUUCUUCAGUAAACGAGGAGUAGGAUAUUGGCGAAGAGCAGCUAUCAUAGGUUGGGUGAUAUCAUUCUUCAAACAAUUUUAUGGUUCUGUCACUAAGUCGGACUACAUUGCAUUGCGACAAGGGUUUAUCAAGGAGCACUUCCCUCAGAAUCCUUGAUUUGAUUUUCACAAAUACAUGAUGCGGACACUUGAAAUUGAUUUUAGAAAAAUUGUUGGGAUAAGCUAGUACCUAUGGCUCUUCGUUGUGCAAUUUUUGUUGCUGAACGUGGAAGGAUGGCAUACCUAUUUUUGGUUAGCGUUUUUGCCGCUGAUUCUUCUGCUUCUUGUGGGCGCUACUGAACACAUAAUUAUCCGUUUGGCUCAGGAGGUUACGCAAGGGAUGACAGCACAGGAUGAUCAUGAAGCAGCUGCAACAGUGAAGCCUUCAGACAAACACUUUUGGUUUAACAACCCUCGCAUUGUUCUGAAUUUGAUCCACUUCAUAUUGUUCCAGAAUUCAUUUGAGAUUGCAUUCUUCUUCUGGAUCUGGACCACGUAUGGAUUUCAUUCAUGCAUCAUGGAAAAGUUGGGGUACAUCGUGCCAAGACUUAUUAUGGGGUAAUGGAAUUCUAUAAGGAAACAAUUCGACAAAAUAUAGCAACUUGUGUACUUAAUUACUCCCAUCUCAUGGUUCCAUCACCGUAUGCAGUGUGAUUGUUCAAGUGAUUUGCAGUUACAGCACGCUACCUUUGUAUACAAUUGUCAGCCAGAUGGGUAGCAUGUACAAGGAAGGAAUAUUUGAUCAAAAAAUACAACAAUAUAUUGGUUCGUGGGUGGGAGAUGCAUAAGGCAAGCAAGAUAAAAUAGAUAACGACGGAUCCCUGUCAAGGAGAACACAAACACACAACAUGAUGAAUACAGAGUUAUAUCAAAUUAAUAUUGUACAACAAGAAACAGCUGCCAACGAAACAACUACAACUUCACCAGUUUCAUCCUCUCAACUUUGUUCAUGAUUUUUUAUAAUUACCUCUUUUGUUCAUUUAAUUUGCAUGUAACCAUAUACUUAACUAUGUGUACAAACAACAUAUUUCAUUGUCGAAAUUUAUUUCUACGUACAAAUAAAUAUUUCAU